GAAGGAAUGUGUGUGUUUUUGUUGUUGUUGUUGUUUUUGUUGUUGUUGUUGUUGUUACUGCAAAGACAUUGAAUUUCUUCCUGUUACUCUGGUCCCAAAAAUAUUUCUCAGCUAUUGUUUAGGCAGAGAAACAUGGCCAGUUAGAGGACAAUAAGAAGAGAGGGGUUUAAUGGAGCUUUAUUACUUUCCCAGUCUUCUAAGUGAUAACCCUCCACAGCCUACUUCCUUUUCAGCACGUAGCCUGUGUUGGCUGAACAUUGGGAAUAACACGUGUGUGUGUGUGUGUGUUGUGGUUCAGUUCUCCUUCCUCUUGCUUAAGCAUGAAACAGGAGACCUAAGCAGCUGACUUACACACACUUCUGAUACUCUGAUUGCUGGCUAUGAUAAGAUUACAGUAUGCGUUGCAGUUGCAGUAAUGUAAUUAAUUGGUGUGCAGAGCCAAAGAUUAGGUGCUAGAGGGUGUGGAUAUGUGUUUAGGUGAUGGAGAAUGUCCAUAUGUAUAAAUUUCAGGUUAUUUAAAGUAUGCAGUUGAGUAAUGAAGUUGUGGUUGUGCUGGCUGCUGAGGGUACAGUAUGUGUCUCCAUUGUUGAUGAUCUCUCUGUACUUGGCUACAGUCAUGUUUCAUAAGGCAGGUAUCACGUGUGCUCUGCUUUGGACAUGGUUUAUAUUCAUCUGGCAUGUUGGACCCCAGUCCUGUCUGUCUGUGCCCCAACCAGUUUGAUGAGUGAUUCAGUGCUUGCAGUACCGUGGCCCAGAACCAUGGUAGAUGUGCCCAAUCCAUUUAACCCUUUGCCUUCAGUGGGGGAAAUAGGAUUGGACAGCCCUCUGUGUGGAGAUCUGAUCAAGGAAAUGGAGGAGCUUGAGGACAUCUCUCGAUCCUUCAGCGAUGACCCGUUCAACAUGAUAUACCUUCCUGACAUCCAGGAAUCCAGCACAAGUUCCAACAGCUCUGCUACUCUCGAUGUUUUGAGCCCGGCCUCUAGUCCGUCUUCAGCAACCUGUGGAGCAGUCACAGGACAAGAUGAGAUCAACCCCAGCACCUUAAACCUUGAGUGCCGUGUAUGUGCUGAUCGCGCCUCAGGCUUCCACUAUGGUGUGCAUGCCUGCGAGGGGUGUAAGGGCUUCUUCAGGAGAACCAUACGACUGAAGCUGGAGUAUGACAAGUGUGAGCGCAACUGUAGGAUCCAGAAGAAGAACCGGAACAAGUGCCAGUACUGCCGUUUUCACAAGUGCCUCGCUGUGGGCAUGUCCCACAACGCCAUUCGUUUUGGGAGGAUGCCACAGUCUGAGAAGCUGAAGCUCAGAGCAGAACUGCAGAUCCCUGAGAAAGAGGAGAGGAAGAUGCAGUUGGAUGACUGGAAGACUCUGGCCAGCCAAAUCCAUGAGGCCUAUCUUAAACAAUUCCACCUGAAUAAGGCUAAAGCACGAGGUUUUCUCACUGGCAAGACCGACAUGCCACCUUUUGUCAUUCAUGACCUGGAAACACUACAGCAGGCACAGCCUGUUCUGGUCACCCAAAUGCUGAGUGAGGGAAGAGAGGACUUUGCAGUUGUCCAGGGGCAGGAGACUGAGGACCGCAUCUUCCACUGCUGUCAGUACAUAUCGGUUGAAACAGUCACGCAGCUUACUGAGUUUGCAAAAGCUGUGCCUGGCUUCCCUAGCCUCGACCUCAAUGACCAGGUGACACUGUUAAAGUAUGGAGUGCAUGAAGCUUUCUUUGCCCUGCUGGCAUCAUGCAUGAACAAGGAUGGGAUGCUGGUGGCACGGGGCAGCGGCUUCAUUACCCGUGAGUUUCUUAAGAGUCUCCGCAAGCCUUUCAGUGAUAUGAUAGAAUCCAAGUUCCAGUUUGCCAUGCGAUUCAAUGCUCUGGAGCUGGAUGACAGUGACCUGGCACUGUUUGUGGCUGCCAUUAUCUGCUGUGGCGACCGACCAGGACUAGGAAACGUGUCACAUGUCGAAGGCAUUCAAGAAAGUAUCAUUCAUGCUCUACGGCUCCACCUGCAGACGAACCACCCAGACGACACCUUGCUCUUCCCCAAGCUUCUGCAGAAACUAGCUGAUCUUCGGCAGCUGGUAACAGAGCAUGCACAGUUGGUGCAGGACAUUAAUGAAACACAGGACACUUCUCUCCAUCCACUACUGCAGGAAAUUUAUAAGGAUUUGUACUAAACUUUGAACUACAGGGUGGAACUACAUGCUCUCCAUCUUCAAGACUGCAAAAUGAGGAUUAACAGAUUAACUUGCUAGUGGAUUAACAGAUUAACCUGCUCUGAUAUAACUGUAUGGUUGUACACUAAUAUACAGCCCCAGUGGCCAAACCUGUAAGCAGGUAGUUUUAUGCAGUGCCUUUUACUUAAAAGUUAUGAUUUCACCACAGGGAAUGAUAAAGCUGUGUGAAAGUUUGCACAUCUUUUAGAAAUUUCACUAAUGGUCAAACUUUUAAUUGUUAAGUUUCACAGAUCUUAAAUAAGGCUUCUAACUAAAAUGUCCAAAUUAUGUUAUUAUUAUAUUAACAGUAAAAAAUAAAUAAAAUAAAAAAGAACAAUUAAAAAAAACAAAUAAAUAAAAACUGUAUCUCGCUUCA